AUGGCGACAGACACCAAGACGGCCAUUGUGCCCCCUAAGCGGGCUAGCACCGAUUAUCCCUUGAUCGAUUCCGACCCGCAUUUGAAACGAGUGUUCGGAUAUGCCCGGCCUUCCGACUACGCCGUGGCCGGUGGAAUGGCCUCAGUUUCUCCCAUUGCCUUCUGGGUCAUGGAGAGAACCAGCCCGUCGCAUGUGGGCCGCGGUGGCUUCGCGCCCGUCAUGCGCCUCGCUACAGCUGUCGGUCUGAUUGGCGGUCUCCAUGUGCUCUAUCAGCGAUCCUGCAGACGCUUCUACGGCUUCACCGAGAACUCUAGAGAGGUUGAGAUGGACACCCGCGAGAUGGUGGAUAAGGUCAAGAAGGGCGAGCCUUUGUACGGCGCUUCCAAGAUGUCUUCCUACCUACAAGGUGUUGCAGCCCGGAACUCGCGCUACUCGGAACUCUUCAUCCAUGUCCUCCCAUGGAUCAAUGUCGUCAACCACGACCAGCAUGGUGUCGACACGGCCAAGUACUACCAGCAGGCUGAGCGGGAAUUGGAGGCAGAGCGGACUGGCUCCUCAUGA